UAUAGGAGAAAUAAAGAUGCUACAUAAAGAGUGAUCACCAGAAAGUCUUUUCUGAUCUUUGAAAGGACCGCAUCAUUAGCAAAGGUAGCCGACUUCCAGAGUAAGAAACCUAGGACAAAGAAGUGAGAAAAGGGCAAGCAGUGUUGCCGCAUCGACUUGGAAGAGAUGGUCAUGGAAGCCCUGAAUCCCAUGCACUACAAUAUCACCCGAGCCGUCUCGGAGACGAUGCCAACGGCCACCCUGCCUCUGCUUGUCUUCAUGGGCUUCAUUUUCCUAAUCUGGAGCUACGAAGAAACAUCAACAAUCCCAGGACCUGGCUACUGUAUGGGAAUUGGGCCCCUGAUCUCUCAUGGCCGAUUCCUCUGGAUGGGAGUGGGCAGCGCUUGCAAUUACUACAACAAGAUGUAUGGCGAAUUCAUGAGAGUCUGGAUCAACGGAGAAGAGACCCUCAUUAUUAGCAAAUCGUCAAGCAUGUUCCACAUCAUGAAGCACGGACACUACAUAUCAAGAUUCGGAAGCAAGCCUGGCUUGAAGUGCAUUGGAAUGCAUGAAAACGGCAUCAUAUUUAAUAAUAACCCUACGCUCUGGAAAGAGAUCCGACCCUUUUUCACCAAAGCUCUGUCGGGCCCAGGUCUUGUGAGGAUGAUCUCCAUUUGUGUGGAAUCCACCAUUGAACACAUGGACAAGCUGGAAGAGGUGACCACCAAGUGUGGCUACAUCAACAGCCUGAAUCUUAUGAGGCGGAUCAUGCUGGACACUUCAAACAGGCUUUUUCUUGGCAUUCCUCUCGAUGAAAGCGCCAUUGUACUUAAGAUCCAGAAUUACUUUGAUGCCUGGCAGGCCCUUCUGCUGAAACCUGAUAUCUUCUUUAAGUUUUCCUGGCUGUACAAGAAAUAUGAAAAGUCUGCGAAUGAUCUGAAAGAAGCCAUUGAGGACCUAAUAGAGCAGAAACGACAAAAGCUUUCCACGAUUGAGAAACUGGAGGACCAUAUGGAUUUUGCAUCCCAGUUGAUUUUUGCACAGAGCCGCGGGGAGCUGACUGCUGAGAACGUCAACCAGUGUGUUUUGGAGAUGCUCAUCGCUGCUCCAGAUACCCUUUCAGUGACUCUGUUCUUCAUGCUGGUGCUGAUCGCAGAACACCCCCAAGUUGAAGAGGCCAUGAUGAAGGAAAUACAAACCGUGAUAAGUGACAGAGACAUCCAAAGUGAGGACAUGCCGAAGCUGAAGGUGGUUGAGAAUUUCAUUCUGGAGAGCAUGAGAUACCAGCCGGUCGUGGACUUGGUCAUGCGCAAAGCUCUGCAAGACGAUGUGAUUGACGGCUAUCCUGUGAAAAAAGGCACCAACAUCAUUCUCAAUAUCGGGCGCAUGCAUCGUCUCGAGUUCUUCCCAAAGCCCAAUGAGUUCUCGCUUGAAAACUUUGAAAAGAGUGUCCCUUACCGCUAUUUCCAGCCCUUUGGGUUCGGCCCCCGUGGCUGUGUUGGGAAAUUCAUCGCCAUGGUCAUGAUGAAGGCCAUCCUGGUGACUCUCCUGAGAAGGUGCCGCAUCCAGACGGAGAAAGGCGAAGGGCUGAACAACAUCCCCAAAAACAACGAUUUGUCGUUGCAUCCCAAUGAAAGGCAGCCAUUGCUGGAGAUGCUAUUCACACCGAGAAGUAAUAAGGGCGAAAAGGAAUAAAAACAACCCACCGAGGCGUGGGACGCUGAUCGGUUGGACUGUCCUAACCAAAACUGAUUGAUUGGGCUCCUCAAAUCAAAGGGGAAAGUCAUCCAUUUCCAUUUUUCAGUAAUUCAGUGAAAUGUUUUGUUUUCUCCAAACCGAUUGCUGAUACAAGUGGUAACUGAAAGAGAAGGUGGGUCCUAGAAAGAUUAUAGGGUUUUUUGGAGUCUAGAAAAGACUCUGUUAAUAGUUAAAUAACCACACACAAGAGAACCUCUUUGCAAAUAAUCAUGUUCAAGUGAAAUUAUGUGUUGGAUGUUCCAUUCUAGCAAAUGUGUGAUGGUCCACUGAGAUAAGAGACAUCCAAAGAUGCUGGUUGAGAAGUCAAUGAAUUUGUGUGCAAUGCUCAUCAGGAAGCAGAAAUAAUGUUUUGAGAUAAUCAAUAAGGCAUCAUUUCAAAGCAAUGAAACAAUGUGAAUGUAUUGUGAUGCUGCCUACAUGUCACUGAAGGCUGUGCUAAGCUGCUCUCCGGUUAUGCUAAAUCCUCUUGACUCUGGGGUAAAGCAAGCCCACAGCAUAACACUUGUGUUCAUCAUCUCUGAAGUGUGUCUAUAUUUUUCUAGAUUAUAGAGGCCUGCUGUUCCUCACAGUUCUCCCUUUAUUAGGUUAGGUCUUAUAGCUGUUUUGCUGGAAUUAGAAUAUAAUGUAAGCUAGCGAUAGCAUUUGCUUUCCGUAAAAUGGGUCACCAUCUUUUCCAUAAGCCAUCAUAGAUCGGCAGACAAAGCAACAUCCAGUUCAGCUCGGAUGUCCAUUGCAAUGCCAACAAGAGAUGCAUUGUAGAUGCAAUAGAAGGCAUCUACAAGGCUUUCUACCUAGUGCAGCUCCUUGUAUCAUGAAUCUUAGAAUGAUAUGUCUAUAUGUUGACUUAACAUUCAACCCAUCUGCAUAAAAUCCACAUUGAAGAACAGUGUGGACUCCUAUAAUCCAGUUCAAAGCAGAUAUUAUGGAUCUGCCUUGAUAUUCUGGCUGUGUGGAAGGGCCCUUAGAGUUGGAAGGGACCACAAAGGCCAUCUAGUCCAACUCAACCUUCCUCAAGUCUACCAUUCUCCAAUCCAUCUAGAUCAAUAGUUCUCAACCUGUGGGUCCCCAGAUGUUUUGGUCUUCAAUUCCCAGAAAUCCUAACAGCUGGUAAACUGUGUGGGAUUUCUGGGAGUUGUAGGCCAAAACACCUAGGGACCCAUAGGUUGAGAACCACUGACCUCUACAAUUAGAAUGAUAAGUCUAUAUGUUGACAACAUUCAAUGAUUGAUUGACUAAAUAUGUUCUAGUUGGGGCUAACUAAUAGGUUGCUAGACAAGGUCAACUUCAGGACAGCCAACUCAACUUGUGGACUCUGUAGGCUACAGAUGUUUUUGGCCUUCAACUCCCAGAAAUCCUAACAGUUGGUAAACUGGAAUUUCUGGGAGUUGUAGACCACAACACCUGGGGACCCACAGGUUGAGAACCACUGAUCUAGAUGAAACCAGAUGAAUUACAGAAGGACCAAUACCUGUUAUCACUCCUGACUAGAGUAGACCUAUACCAGUGGUUCUCAACCUGUGGGUGCCCAGAUGUUUUGGCCUUCAACUCCCAGAAAUCCUAACAGCUGGUAAACUGGGAUUUCUGGGGGUUGUAGACCACAACACCUGAGGACCCACAGGUUGAGAGCCACUGGUCUAGAUGAAGCCAGAUGAAUUACAAAAGGACCUAUACCUGUCAUCACUCCUGACUAGAGUAGACCUAUACCAAUGGUUCUCAAUCUGUGGGUCCCCAGAUGUUUUGGCCUUCCAAAAGUCCUAACAGCUGGUAAACUGGCUGAGAUUUCUGGGAGUUGUAAGCCAAAACAUCUGGAGACCCACAGGUUGUGAACCACUGAUCUAGAUGAAGCCAGAUGAAUUACAGAACGACCUAUAAUUGUUAUCACUCCUGACUAGAGUAGGCCUAUACCAGUGGUUCUCUGCUUAUGGGUCCCCAGAUGUUUUGGCCUUCAACUUGCAAAAGUCCUAACAGCUGGUAAACUGGGUGGGAUUUCUGGGAGUUGUAGGCCAAAACACCUGGGGAACCACAGGUUGAGGACCACUGACCUAUAUGAUUAGAGGGAUAUGUCUAUAUGUUGACUUAACAUUCAAUAAUUGAUUGAUGAGUCUGUUCUAGUUGGGACUAACCCACAGGUUGCUAGACAAGGUCAGCUUCAAGACAGCCAACUCAGCUUGUGGACUCCGGUCCUAAUUCA